CGUUCACUUGUUCAUGGUUAUUCUGUCGUCUCAUUCACCACGAGCACAGCAACCACACACCAGCCACAAGGGUCAUAUUUUCUCAUCAACACCGCCCCUCCCCCCUCCUCCCCAUCUGGCCUGUUCACCAUUCACCCAGCAACCAAAUUAACGCUUGAGCGCCUCCUCUCUCCACAUUGCAGCUACCCGUCACCCUUCGACACACGUCCUAGGCAGCCAUGUCGACGACGGAGAGCAUGUCCAGCGGGCAGCGCAUACCGGCCCACAUCCACUCGCCGCGGUCCAUCAGCUCCAUCGUGGUCCUCGACAUUGAGCGGAGCACCUCGCUGUUCAAGUGGAACAUGUGGACUGCCCUCUUCAAUCUCCUGACAAGCUUCAUCAUCUUUGCUCUCACAGAUCAAGGCAACUAUGCGCUUGUGUUUACCACAUAUGCCAGUGAACGUGGCAACCCUGAGGAAUGGGCCCCCGUUGUCAGCAACAAAGGCCGCUCUGUCGUUGGGUAUUAUUCUGGCAUCUUUCUACUGCUUGCUGCCCUGGAUCACCUGCUUGUGGCGACGGUGCUGCGUCGCUCAUACGAAGACUACCUCAAGCUCGCUCAGAACCCGUACAGGUGGAUUGAGUACAGCCUGUCUGCGUCCGUGAUGCGGGUGCAGAUUGCGCAGCUCUCUGGCGUGCUGGAUCUCCACCUCCUCAUCGCCAUCUUCGGCCUGACCAUGUCCACCAUGCUCUUUGGCCUCACUCAGGAGAUCACAACACACCAUCUCCAGGGGCAGCCGGAGAAGAAGACGCUCGUUCCCUUUUGGUGUGGGUUCAUUCCCCACGUGAUUUCUUGGGCAAUUGUGACGUCAUACUUUUUCCAGGGCGUCAGCACUGGCGAUCCACCGGGGUUUGUGUGGGCGAUCAUCUUCAUCCUCUUCUUCUGCGACCUCACCUUUGCCAUCAACAUGUUCCUGCAGCUCAAGGAGAUUGGCAAGUGGAAGGACUACUUGUAUGGGGAGAUUGUCUAUCUCGUGCUGUCGCUGACUGCCAAGCAGCUGCUGGCAUGGAUUAACUAUGGAGGCACAAACGCGCUCAACUCAUCCUAGUUUACAACAGCACCAACAUUGGUGGUGAUCGUGGUGAUGUUCAUCACCUGCCUCCACCACUCACACAUACACAUGGCUGUGCAUCUCUUCCCCUUGCUAAUGGUUAUUGUCUUGACUCUUUUCCUGCUUCUAUCGCUUCUGCCUCUUUCUUUGCACGUGCGUGUAUUCCUGUCAGUCUAUCGUAUUUCUCGGCCCGUAUGCUUGCCUGUGUGUGUGCGUGUGUGUGUGUUGUUUGUGCGCUUGUGCAAUAAUAAAUUCUUCGUGCCUGA